AUGGCUCCUCAGCGCGAACGCAUCCCUGCCAAGUGGGUGUCUGCCACCGCCGCGAGCGAGGCUGCCGCUCCCUCGGUGACGCUCACCAGCGACGACCAGGGUUUGGACUUCACAUUCCAGUUCGAGGCUGUCCGUCCCAACAUCUUCCGCACAAGAUUCACCUCCAGCAGAUAUCCCACUGCCCCGUACCCCAACAUCCCCAUUCCCACAAAGGACCUGUCUGGCGCCGAGUUGACCAGCACCACCAACGGCUCCAUCAAGACCAUUGAUGCUGGAGACUUCGAGGCCAAGGUCGACUGGGAGACGUCGUCCACCCCUCUGGUCACCAUCUCCCGCAAGGGCUCCAGCGGCGCUCCCCUCCGCCAGGAUGUGCCUCACCGUUCAUACACGGUCAAUGGCGACGGUGUCGCUCACUACACCCGCUACAACCGCAACACCCUCUACGUCGGUCUGGGUGAGAAGGCAGCUCCCAUGAACCUGGCUGGCCGCCGUUUCGAGCUCAAUGCCACAGACAGCUUCGGCUACGACUCGUACCGUACUGAUCCUCUGUACAAGCACAUUCCCCUGCUCAUCAACGCCACCCCCAACGGGUGCGUGGCUACUUUCUCUACCUCCCACUCCCGAGGCAUGUACUCCAUCGGCUGCGAGAUGGACGGCAUGUGGGGGUUCUACUCGGUCCUGAGACAAGACUACGGCGGUCUAGAAGAGUACACGAUCGUGGGCAAGACCCUGCAGGACGUGGUCACCUCGUACGCCGAGCUGGCCGGCUUCCCCCUCCUCGUCCCCCGCUGGGCCUUUGGCUACCUCUCCGGCGGCUACAAGUACGCCCAGCUCGACGAGCCCAAGGCGUCCGAGGCCCUCCUCGAGGUGGCCCGCAUCCUCAAGGAGAACGACAUCCCCUGCUCCGCCCACCAGCUGUCCUCGGGCUACUCCAUCUCCCACGAGGAGCCCAAGGUCCGCCACGUCUUCAACUGGAACCGGUACCGCUUCCCCGACCCGGAGGCCUUCCUCAAGGAGUACCGCAAGCAGGGCAUCCGCAUCAUCGCCAACAUCAAGCCCUACAUCCUGUCCAGCCACCCCGACUACCAGAGGCUCAAGGAGGCUGGCGCGCUCUUCAAGGACCCCCACACCGGCGAGGCUGGAGCUACCCGUCUCUGGAGUGCCGGCGGUGGUGAGAGCGACGUUGGCGGCCAUAUCGACUUCACCUCUGAAGCUGGCUUCAAGUGGUGGCGCGAGGGCACGACGCAGCUCGUCAAGGAGGGCGUGUGCUGCCUCUGGAACGAUAACAACGAAUACACAAUCGUCGACGAUGACUGGGAGUGCCGCCUAGACAACCCUCUCAUCAAGGUCCCUGAGACCGCCAAGGACCGCCCUCAAGUCGGUUUCUGGGGACGUCACAUCAACACCGAACUUCACGGCAAGGCCUCCCACGACGGCAUGCUGGCCGCCAAGCCCAACGAGCGUCCGUUCGUCCUGACCCGCGCCGGCACCCCAGGAACCUUCCGCUACGCCGCCAGCACGUGGAGCGGCGACAACGUCACCAGCUGGGAGAACAUGAAGGGCGCCAACGCCAUGUCCCUCACCGCGGGAAUCUCCCUGAUGCAGUGCUACGGCCACGACAUCGGCGGCUUCGAGGGUCCCCAGCCGACCCCCGAGCUCCUCCUCCGCUGGGUCCAGCUCGGCUGCAACUCCCCCCGCUUCGCCAUCAACUGCUUCAAGACCAUCAACGACAACUCGGUCGGCGACGUCAUCGAGCCCUGGAUGUACCCGGCCAUCACCCCGCACGUCCGCAAGGCCAUCAAGCGCCGCUACGCCAUCAUGCCCUACAUCUACUCGGCCGCCCUGCAGAGCCACAAGUCGGCCCUGCCCCCGCAGCGCUGGACCGGCUGGGGCUACGAGUCGGAUCCCAACGUCUGGGCCAAGCGGGUCACCGACGGCGAGGAGCAGUACUGGCUCGGCGACGCCCUCCUCGUCGGCGGCGUCUACGAGCCGGGCGUCAGCAAGGCCGACGUCUACCUGCCGCGGGCCUCGGACGCCGACGAGGGCUUCCUCAACCUCAACGCCCCCUUCCAGCACCUCCCCGCCGGCCAGUGGGCCACCAUCGACGCCGAGUGGCACGGCUCCGGUAUCCCCCUCCUCGCAAAGGUCGGCGGUGCCAUCCAGGUCGGCCGCGACGUGCAGGUGCUCUCCGCCGGCGAGACGGAGAACCCGGCCGAGCUGCCCCUCGACGACUACCGCGGCGUCGAGAUCUUCCCCGCCCCCGCCGGCUCGGGCAGCGGCAAGUGGUUCGAGAACACCUGGUACGAGGACGACGGCGUCUGCACAGCCGAGGCACAAAAGGUGUCGACGUACAAGAUCUCCUACGCCGCGUCGGACGAGGAGGUCAAGGUCAAGUUCGAGCGCAACGAGUCCUCCGGCUUCGUCGCCCCCUGGAAAACCCUCACCGUCAUCCUGCCCGUUGGCGACGAGAGGACCGUGACCAGCGAGCGCGCCACCGUGACCGACAAGGGGCGGGAUGAGGUCAACCGCAGAAGAUUCGAGCUGUCGUAA